AUGCUGCAGAUUUUUUCAGAAGAAUAAAUUUAAGAAAUAAUAAAUAAUAUAUUAGUAUAAAAAAACGAUCAAGGAAUACUUUACCUUGAACAAUAUAAUAUUAAUUACAUAUAAAAUUAUAUAAUAUAAAACUUUAAAGAAAUAAAAGAAUUAUUAUCAAAUUAAAAUUCUUUAGAUAUAGUUGAUUUUGUCUAUUUGAUGGUUGAUAAAAUAGUAGAUCAUACAAUAGGAAAUUAUAAUGACGCAAUAUAUAUAUCAAUUUCCUUAUGUGACUUUUUUAAAGCUGUAUGUCAGUUUGAAUAAAAUAAAUAAAAACUUACAUUUAAAGAUAUCUCCAAUUUUAUUUGCUAAUUUAAUAUUAAAAAAUAAAGGGAAAUAGAAAGUAAAUUAUUACCUUUAGAAAAUAAAUUCAAUCUAAAUAUAUAAGAGAAAACAUUUCAGGAUAUAGAUUUUUAAGCACCUAUUAUUUUAUAAGAAAAUGAUUCCAAAUUAAAAAGAAUUUCUAAAGAAAAAGUACAUAUGGAUUCUGUUCAUCAUAACAAAAAUUAAAUCAUCUAAUCUCGAUAUAUAGAAGAAUAAGAUUAAAUAAUUACUUUAGAUAGUUAUUCAGAUAUUUUUCUUUUUUAUAAUAAUGAUUGUAAAAAUAUUAAGAAAUUAAAAAUACAAUCUUAGUUUAUUAAAGGAUAAGCCUGUUUAGAUUUUUUCUGGUCUUAAAAAUAAUAAAGAAUAGGAUCUUGCUUUAAAGAUGGAUUUUUAGCAUUUUGGGAAGCAAGAGAUAAUUUUUAAUUCGAAAAAGUAUUCUAAGUAGGAUAAAUAGAAGAAUAAUAUAAAAUAUGGUAUGUUGAAACAAUUAAUUAAUGGAUUACAUGUGAUAAACUAAAUAAUAUAUAUUUCUGGGAUUUAGAAAACGAAAAAUAUACGCAUAGCAUUUCUUUUAGUAAAGCCAUAAUUGAUGUUUGUGAAGUUUAAUACUUAUAAAAAGCAGUAAUUUUAAUAUAGGAAAAUACUAUUGUAUUAUUAGAUUUAAUAUAAAAGAAAAAAAUAUAAUAACUAUAAGGAUAAUAGAAUAAAAUACAUUCAAUAGCAUUUUUUAAAUAAUAUUAAACUAUUUUAACUGCUGGAUAUGAUAAUUAUAUAAGCAUUUAUAAUAUAACCGAAUAAUUUAAUGACUUUAAUCUAAUAGGCAAUUUGAAAAAACAUCAAACUAUAAUAACUGCAAUUGUUUGUGUAGAGAAUACACCUAUGGUAAUUUCAGCUGAUGACCUUUUUUUAAUAAAAAUAUGGGAUAUAAGGACAUAAACUUGUAUUUAAAAUUUAAAUACUGAAUUAAGAAAUUCUAUAAAAUAAAUGCAUAUUAUGAAAAAUAGAUUAUGCUUGGUAACUUCUAAAAUAAUAAUGUUUAAAUUUGAAGAAAAUAUAGAAAAAAAUAAUAAAUAAAUGCAAGAUUUAUAUUGUAUUAAUUUAUAAGGAAAUAUAAAUGAUAAUAAACUUUAUGUAUGUACGAAUAAAGACUUAAGGGUUUAUAAUUUAUUAGAUGGAAAAGCUAAUUAUGUAAUAUAAUCGAAAAAUGAUUUUAUUGAAAGCUUUAAUCUUUGUCUCGGAAAAAAAAUUAUUUUAGCUUCCAAAGGAGAAAUAAAACUUUAUAAGGGAGAAAAUUAUGAAGAAAUAUAGAUUAAAUAACCUUUUAAAAAUAGAGAAUAUUUCGAUAUUAUUUUUGCUAUUAAAGUUGAUAAUUUUAAUGGGCUAAUUACUAUGGGAACUUCUAAUGGAGUUAUUACUAUCCACAAAGAAAUUUCAAUGGAAAUUUUAAGAAAAAUAAAUCUUAAAAGAAAUAUAAAAAUAAUUGAAUAAUCAGUUUAUCAUAAUAUUUUAAUUAUUUGUGAUACUUAAAAUUAAAUACUAUUUUUUAAUUACGAAUAUUGUAAAAUUAUGACAGUAUUAUAAAUAGAAGAUGACACAACAUGCAUUAAGUUUAUGGAUGGAUAUGAGAGUAUUAUAUUGUCAACUUUAAAUGGAGAUAUAUUUAUAAUAGAAUUUAAUACUAAUGUUGA